UUGCUUCUGCAUUUGCUUUCUUUCGGUGGUGCUGCUGCGUUGCACCCUGCUUCCCUCAUCUAGUGAGGAUGAGGUGGGACCCGUGGACAAUCCUGAAUUGGUCUCAAACUCUCAUUCUUUGUUCCAAAAGGUUUAAUCUCCUACCUCAGGAACCCCCAUUCCGAUUCGACAGGAUGGUGGGGAGAUUAGUCAUGGUAACUCAGUCAGGCAGUAGGCUCAUACACCCGUGCGCACCAGAAGUCCAGUCUUAUUUCAGAUUAUGUGACAUCCACCCGGUCGCUGCGGGGAUUCGAACAUUGGUCCAUUGUUCCAAAUCUCCCACCACUCGAUCAACUGAGCUACCCAUGCAGGUACAUACACUUCAUCUUCGGCACCAGACCUCGCAUUUCCGCGACAAUGGAAGCUUCACCGACACCAAUGGUGCUCAGAAAAAGAACCCAAGCUUCGAAUCCGUUUUUCCCGAACUUAUCGCCCGUAAAACGGUCCAGAUCGGAUGCAGGUGAAGGAGAUGAUUUCGGUGAUGUGUGUUGUGAGGAAUGCGGGUCCGGCGAUCGAGGAUCUGAGCUUUUGCUCUGCGACAAGUGCGAUCGAGGGUUUCACCUGUUUUGCCUCCGCCCAAUCCUCGCUGCCGUACCCAAGGGUUCGUGGUUCUGCACAUCCUGCUCCAACUACAGAAAUGUCACAAAAUUUCCCCUUAUUCAGACCAAGAUUGUUGACUUCUUCCGUAUCCAGAGAUCGUUGAAUGCAACAGAAAAGCGAAGUGCAGUCUGCCAAAAGAGGCGAAGGAGAAUUAGUAGCUUAGCAGUGUCUAAGAAGAAGAGAAAAUUACUGGCAUUCAAUCCUACUGAUGAGCCUAGUAGGAGACUUGAGCAAAUGGCAUCGCUAGCAACAGCAUUAACUGCGUCUGCAGCCCAGUUUAGUAAUGAACUCACUUAUAUGCCAGGCAUGGCACCUAGGAAUGUGAAUAGGGCCGCACUUGAGCAAGGUGGUAUGCAGGUAAUGACUAAAGAUGAUGCAGAAACCUUGAAUUUGUGCAAGAAAAUGAUGGAAAGAGGUGAAUGCCCGCCUCUUAUGGUGGCUUUUGACCCCAAAGAAGGGUUUACUGUUGAAGCUGAUAGAUUCAUCAGAGAUCUAACCAUAAUAACUGAGUAUGUUGGAGAUGUUGAUUACUUGAAAAAUCGUGAAAACGAUGAUGGUGAUAGCAUGAUGACUCUACUAUCCACUGCGGAUCCGUCAGAAUGCCUUGUCAUCUGUCCAGAUAAGCGAAGCAACAUAGCUCGCUUCAUCAAUGGCAUCAACAACCAUACCCCGGAAGGAAGGAAAAAGCAGAAUGUGAAAUGUGUGAGGUUCAACGUAAAUGGCGAAAGUCGUGUUUUGUUGAUAGCAACCAGAGACAUCCGAAAGGGGGAACGGCUAUAUUAUGAUUACAAUGGACAUGAGAAUGAAUAUCCAACUGAGCAUUUUGUUUAACUGACCUCAUAACAUAGAAAAUAUUUUGUGUAGGGCUUUGACUUCAUGCUUAAGUUAAUUGCUGAAGAUGUCACACCAUCUGACAUCAUGUAUACCAACAAGCAUCAAUGUAAAAUUUUGAUCUCUAACUCCCCUUCAUGAAUUGGAUUUAAAUUAUACAAUAUCUUUGUAUGUGCCAAAUAUGUCAUCUAAGGUUGUAAAUCAGAUUGUCAUAACCACAAAAGUGAAACCAAUUACAUCAUUAGAUACUUAUG